AAACAAUUCUUUGACGAAAGGCCCCGCCCAUUUCAGCACUCUUGUGACUGACGACGCCGCUCUACCUGCUUGUUCGGUUCACGGUCAGUCAGUCCCGUAUGUGCGUGAUUCACCUGCUCAAAAGCUCCUGAAGAUCCGCUGAAGUUUAACGAGGUCUGUCUGGAAGUGUUGUAUUCCUGACUGGAUGAGUCAGUGUGUUUGUUCUGGUCAUUUAAUCCGUAACCAUUCCACAUGAUCACUGUUGGAAUGACACACACAGCUACAUAACGAGCAGUCGCACUCUCCAUGAACAGUAACACAGGAACUGUUGAGACAGGUGCAGAAGAUCUUCAUGAUGGAUGACAGUGCUGUGAAUGAGUCUAAUGUGAAAGUGGCUGUCCGGGUGCGUCCCAUGAACAGGAGAGAACGAGACUUAAAGACAAAAUGUGUUGUGGACAUGGAAGGAAACCAGACCGUCCUCCACCCAUCCAGUGGAAACCUGGGAAAGGGCGACAGCAGGAACAAACCAAAGGUUUUUGCAUAUGAUUAUUGCUUCUGGUCUAUGGAUGAGGCUGAAGCGGCCAAGUUUGCAGGUCAGGAUGUGGUGUUUCAGUGUCUUGGAGUGAGUCUUCUGGACAGCGCUUUUCUAGGAUACAACGCCUGUAUAUUUGCAUAUGGGCAAACAGGCUCAGGAAAGUCAUACACGAUGAUGGGAACGGCCGAGCAGCCGGGUCUGACCCCGCGUCUGUGCAGCUCUCUGUUUGAGCGCACCGUACAGGAGCAGAGGGAGGGCGAGAGCUUUACCGUGGAGGUCUCAUACAUGGAGAUCUACAACGAGAAGGUGCGAGACCUUCUAGAUCCCAAAGGGAGCCGGCAGGCGUUGAGGGUCCGGGAGCAUAAUGUGUUGGGGCCGUAUGUAGAUGGUCUGUCCCGUCUCGCUGUGACCAGUUACAAGGACAUCGAGUCUCUGAUGUCGGAGGGGAAUAAAUCCCGUACUGUGGCGGCCACAAACAUGAACGAGGAGAGCAGUCGAUCACACGCCGUCUUCAACAUCGUUCUAACGCACACGCUCAGAGACCUGAAGACUGGGACGAGUGGAGAGAAGGUGAGUAAACUCAGUCUGGUGGAUCUGGCCGGCAGUGAAAGAGCAGAUAAAACUGGAGCUGGAGGAGAAAGACUCAAAGAAGGCAGCAACAUUAACAGGUCUCUCACGACUCUCGGUCUGGUGAUUUCGGCAUUGGCGGAGCAGGGCGCAGGAAAAAACAAGAGUAAAUUUGUUCCUUACAGAGACUCAGUGCUCACAUGGUUACUGAAGGACAGUUUAGGAGGCAACAGUCGUACAGCUAUGGUUGCCACGGUGAGUCCAGCAGCCGACAACUACGACGAGACUCUGUCCACACUACGGUACGCCGACCGGGCCAAAAGCAUCGUUAAUCACGCUGUGGUUAACGAAGAUCCAAACGCCAGAAUCAUCAGAGAGCUGAGAGAAGAGGUGGAGAAACUGCGCAGCCAGCUGACCGAGGCUGAGUCAAUGAAAGCUCCUGAGCUCAAAGAGAGACUAGAGGAGUCCGAGAAGCUGAUCCAGGAGAUGAUGGUGAGCUGGGAGGAGAAACUCAGGAAGACGGAAGAGAUCGCACAGGAGCGACAGAAGCAGCUGGAAAGUUUGGGAAUUUCUCUGCAGUCGUCUGGGAUCAGAGUCAUUGAUGAAAAAUGCUUCCUGGUCAAUCUGAACGCAGACCCCGCCCUCAACGAGCUGCUUGUGUAUUACUUAAAGGAACACACUCGUGUGGGAUCUGCGGACUCUCAGGACGUUCAGUUGUGUGGUUUGGCGAUUCAGCCGGAGCAUUGUGUCAUAGACAUCACAGUAGAGUCGGGAGUCACGCUCACCCCGAAGAGAAACGCUCGAACGUGUGUGAAUGGAGCUGUCAUCUCGUCUCCUGUCCAGCUGCAUCAUGGGGAUCGAAUCCUGUGGGGAAACAACCACUUCUUCAGGAUCAGCGUGUCUAACGCGUAUCGUGUUGGCGUGGAGGAUGAGGAAGGGUCGACGAUGAAGGCUGGUCUUCACCCCGAGUGUCUAGAUGUGGAUAUAGAUCGUCUCAGUCACGGCUCCAAUGACACUAGCUUCAGUUUUGAGUCUGCACAGACAGAAGUCAUGAUGAAAGCUCUGGGAAACAACGACCCGAUGCAGUCAGUGCUUCAUUCUCUGGAGCGCAGACAUGAGGAGGAGAAGCGUUCGGCUCUGGAGCGUCAGCGGCUGAUGUACGAGCAGGAGCUGCAGCAGCUGCGCAAACGUCUGUCAUCAGAGCUGCAGACGCAGGGAUCUCAUCCACAGCACCACCGAAGCAGCGAGAAUCUCAACGUGAGCUCGGUCUCCUCACAGAGCCGACUGCACCAGUGGAGUGAGGAGAGGGAGGCUUUGAUGAGCCGAACUCUGCGUAAGCUCAGAGAACAGAUCGUGAAGGCCAAUCUGCUGGUGCAGGAGGCUGGAUUCAUCUCUGAAGAGCUCAACAAGAAAACAGAAUAUAAAGUCACACUGCAGAUACCUGCUGCCAACCUCAACGCCAACCGCAAGCGGGACACGGUUCUGAGCGAGCCGGCGGUGGAGGUGAGGAGGAAGGGUAAAGGGAAGCAGAUCUGGGCCAUGGAGAAGAUGGAGAACCGGCUGGUGGACAUGAGAGAGCUCUACCAGGAGUGGAAAGACUAUGACGAGGACAAUCCUGUCAUGCGUUCCUACUUCAAGCGUGCCGAUCCGUUCUUCGACGAGCAGGAGAAUCACAGUCUGAUCGGUGUGGCGAACGUCUUCCUGUCCUGUCUGCUGUACGACGUCAAGCUGCAGUACGCAGUACCCAUCAUCAACCAGAAGGGGGAGGUGGCAGGUCGUCUUCACGUAGAAGUCGAGCGUCUGAGUGGAGAACUGGAGGAUCGUGAGACGGGGGGCGGGGACUCUGACAUCAGUCCGGACGGCGAGACGCAAGAACGCAAACUUACCUGCAUGAUCAAGGUGUUGCAGGCGACAGGACUACCUCAGCACCUCUCAAACUUCGUGUUCUGUCAGUAUUAUUUCUGGGAGCAGAAGGAACCCGUGUUUAUUGCUCCGGAGGUCGGCCUGACCGCUCCUAGCAGCAGAGAGCCGCAGUCUCUGGUGUUGUUUGACAACUGCAAGAAUCUGGAAGUGACCGUAACUGAAGACUUCCUGGAGUUUCUGACGGAGGGAGCUGUGGCUGUUGAGGUCUAUGGACACAAACAGGCAAACCCGCGCAGGAAUCUGGCUCUCUGGGACCUUGGGGUGAUUCAGGCGAAGACUCGCUCUCUCAGAGAGAGGUGGAGUGAAGUGACCCGCAGGCUGGAGCUCUGGGUGCAGAUCCUGGAGCUGAAUGAUGCUGGAGAGUUUGUGCCGGUGGAGGUUCAGCCAGCUAAGGACGUGUGCACAGGAGGAAUCUUUCAGCUUAAACAGGGUCAGUCCAGGCGUGUUCAUGUGGAGAUUCGUUCAGUCCAGGACUCCGGCACCAUGCCUCUGAUCACGGAAUCUGUGCUCAACAUCUCCAUCGGCAAUGUGGAGGUCCAUCAGAGGGUGGGAGAUAAAGACGUGGACAGUUAUCAGGAGUUUGAUCUGGAGAGACUGAGGGCCCAGUGGCUCAUGGCUCUAACUGAACGACAGGAGUAUCUGGACCAACGUCUCCAGAAACUUGUUGGCAAGCAAGAUAAGUCAGAAGAGGACGUGGAGAGCGAGUCCCAGCUGCUUGAGUGCCGUCUGACACUAACGGAGGAGAGAAAUGCUGUACUGGUGCCCUCUGCUGGCAGCGGUAUCCCAGGAGCCCCUGCGGAGUGGGUUCCUGUGCCUGGAAUGGAGAGACACAUCCCAGUCAUCUUCCUGGACCUCAGCGCUGAUGACUUCUGUGAUCAUCUGUCCGCUCCUCUGGCUGGAGGUCUGGAUGCUGUGCUGAACAGAGAAGAUAAAGAUGAUUUCAUAGAUUUACAGAUAGUCAAACACCAUGAGAAUGAGGUGAAGGCAGAGGCAUCAUGGGACUGCACCGUUCACAAUAGUCCUGAGCUAAAUCGAGCAACAGGGCAGGAUCAGAGGGUUUAUCUCACCAUCCGCAUCGUCGUUCUGCUCAGUCAUCCUGCACAAAUGCAGCUGGUCCUACGCAAACGCAUCUGUGUGAACCUCACCGGACGACAGGGUUUUGCUCAAAGUCUGUUCAAGAGGAUGUCUCACCGCAGCUCAAUUCACGGCUGUGGAGUCACGUUUGAGAUCGUCUCAAAUAUCCCAGGGGACAUGCAGGGCUCUGAGGACAGGGAGAUGCUCGCCCGACUGGCCACCAGCACUGACAACCUAGGAACUGACAGUGAAGCCGCCAUUGAGAAAUACCUGCGGAGUGUGUUAGCCGUGGAGAACAUCCUCACGCUUGACCGUCUCAGACAGGAGGUUUCAGUAAGGGAACAUCUGACAGAUAAAGGAAGGAUUCCCAAACGCUGCCUCAGUUCACCCAAUGUACACCGGCUCUCUGGCAGCAGAAAAGAUCUGUCCACCAGCCAAGACUACAAAGGUGUUUGGGACAGUCAGCAGGAAAUUAAUGUGCCAACAUCAUCCCCAUCUCACUCACCAUCAAUACAAAGUCCAAACUCAGAGCCAGGUCUCUCAGGAUUUGCUGCAUCUUAUUUCUCCCCAGUAAAAGCUCUAGUGUCUCCAGUACCCAAGAUGUUCAAGUCUCUGUUAUCCAAGAAAGAUGAGAAGAAAGAGCCACCUCCUCCUGCUGCCUUUGAGCAGAAUGUGCCACGCAUUAUUGUGCAGUCUGUCAGUCUUGAAGACAUCAACAGCUGUGAAAUGACUCCAGUGGCUCCUUCAGAAGACAGUGCUCAAGACAGCCAAUCAGAAUCUGCUUCCUUUGUGCCCAUAUUUCCGGUUAUUCCCAAUGGAGUAGAGACCGCUAAGGCAUCCAGCAUUUCCUCAGAAACCACGUCUGACAUCCAGAUAAGCCAUGCUAUGGAAACCCCAAUUUCAGAGAAACCAGAAAACGUUAAGGAGAUUCUGCCUCUUCUUCCUCAAGAAGUGCCACUUAUUUCUGUUCCUCCAGUAGCUGAGGACGUUUUACCUACUAAUUGUUCUUUUGAACUUGAGGAAGUUCUUCCUCCAUCUGUUUCUCCAGAGGAUGAGAACGUUCUGCCUUCUAAUCUUAUUCCAGAGGUUGAGGAGGUUCUACGUCCAUCUGUUUCUCCAGAGGUCAGAGAGGUUCCACCUCUUUCUGUUCCUUCAGAAUCUGAAGAGGCUCUACCUCCUACUGUUCCUUCAGAGAUCGAGGAGGUUUCACCUCCUCCUGCUUCUCCGGUAGACCCCAAGCAAAGCUUAGUUGGUGAUUCCACCUACAGCUCCAUCAGCGAUGUCUCAAGUGGAUACAUCUCCACAAGUGUCUCCACAGCGACUCUCUCUGAGUGUGUGGUCUCAAAUAUUGAUCCUCCUCUUCCCAACAGCACUGAGGCCAAAAUAGACAAGUCUGCUUCCAAAAAGAUCGAACCAAAAACAGACAAUGUGGUGGUUGUGCCAACAAGCAGCACAUCUCCAGAGCAUGACCAAGCUGACCAAGAACAUGGAGAACAGAUGUCUACAGAAUCCCAGACAUCAGAAGAACAUGGUCAAGUGUCUCCUCUAGAUGUAUCUUCCUUGCCCCAAAAAAACAAUGAACCCAUUGACAUUGUUGCUUCAGCCGGCCAAACAUCUCAUUCAGCCCCAUCAGUACCAUCUACGUCAUUAGCAUCACCAGCUGCCUCAAAACCAUCUGACCCAUCUGUACCAGUGAAGGCUACUAAGCAGUCAGCACCUUCCCAUCAAUCAAAACCUGAACAAACCAUCAAGUUCACUCCAGCUCUCGAAUCCCAGACAUCAGGAGAACAUGGUCAAGUGUCUCCUCUAGAUGCAUCUCCUCAGAAACUCAUUGUUUCUGCUCCCUCGCCUCAAGACACCAAUGAUCCCAUUGACAUUGUCGCAUCAGCCGACCAAACAUCUCGUUCAGGAACCACAGCCCCAUCAGUACCAUCUACGCCAUUAGAACCACCAGCUGCCUCAAAACCAUCUGACCCAUCUGUACCAGUGAAGACUACUAAGCAGUCAGCACCUUCCCAGCAAUCAAAACCUGAACAAACCAUCAAGUCCACUCCAGCUCUCGAAUCCCAGACAUCAGGAGAACAUGGUCAAGUGUCUCCUCUAGAUGCAUCUCCUCAGAAACUCAUUGUUUCUGCUCCCUCGCCUCAAAAAACCACUGACCCCAUUGACAUUGUCACAUCAGCUGGCCAAACAUCUCGUUCAGGAACCACAGCCCCAUCGGUACCAUCUACGCCAUUAGAACCACCAGCUGCCUCAAAACCAUCUGACCCAUCUGUAUCAGUGAAGACUGCUAAGCAGUCAGCAACUUCCCAGCAAUCAAGACCUGAGCAAACCAACAAGUCCACUCCUGCUCCCAUCGCCAACCCUUUCCAGAUCCACAGAGUCAAGUCCUCUGGCCUGAAGUCUUUCAAAGGGAUCCUGCAUGAGGAAGAUGAGGGUAAAACUAAACAUGUUGACUCUGCACUGAGUGAGUCUCAAGAGAGACUGGAGAUCCUUUCGGAUUCAGAGGAAAGCCUUGAGACUCCUGACUGGCUGAAAGAAGGGGAAUAUGUGACUGUGGGCGCCAAUAAAACUGGAACAGUCCGUUACAUUGGACCAACUGACUUUGCAAAGGGCAUUUGGGUUGGAGUGGAACUUGAUGUUCCAGCAGGUAAAAACGAUGGUUCGGUCGGCGGUCGCCAAUACUUCCACUGCAACCCUGGUUACGGCGUUCUCGUGAAAGCAGAUCGGGUCACGAAAGCAACGGGUACCGCUAAAAGGUUGAGGCAGAAACGCAAGCAGAACCUCUCGGGAUCUAGCCCCAACCUGGCAGCCCUUACAGCGAUGGCCAAAGGAGAGGCUGGAGUACGCAAGGGGGAGAACAGGAAGUCUUGGGUUAGCUGAGAAAAAUGUCCAUGUACUGAGGACUUACUGGUGCAGCAGCAGUAUUGGUACGUCACUGAAACACUACACUGAUACUUGCACGGAUGUAACUGCCAUUUGAUUUAUUAAUGCAAAUCUACUGUACACUACUUAGUGCCUAGUGUUCGAAAACCCCAAUUUUUGCUCUGCAUUUCCAGCCUCAAUAAGCAGUAUUUUUGGUAGUAUUUUUUAAAAAUGUUUUUUAAUAUAACAAAGUGCCCUGUUUAUCUGGACCCUGUGUCAAUGAGUAUGUGCAUGUGUUGGAUUACCUGGAAAAAUAAGGAUACCGAUGGAUUCACUGAGUGUUUCAAUUCAUGAUUUUAUAGUAUAUAUGGAGGUGAGAGGGUUUUACCUGUGGAGAUUAAAAGUGCCAGACAGUUUUAUUCAUAAAUGAUUGUGUUUUUAGUGUUAUUAUGGUGAAUUAGUUCUGUAUUUUCUCUUGGUUUUGGUACCUUUGUAUUUUGUUUCUUUUUAAUUGAGUAAUUUAUCAUCAAAUUAUUUAAUUUAUUUUGCAGAUCAAAGUAAUGACAAAAAAUAAUAAUGUUGACGAUUUUAUAUUGCAAUGGUGAGUAAUAAACUUAUUAUUUUAUUA